AUGGUGCGAUCAACUAGUUCUUCCCAGGAGUCAAACCUGAAUACCAAUUAUUAUGAGCUGCCUUUAUCUACUACGAACAAAAAUAACUCUUUGAAUGAUGCGGAUCUUCAUAACAGCUCAGACAGCAUCCUGGAUUUUGAUUCAGAUGAUUCAGUUUUUGAUAAAAAUUAUUUACCCUCAAGUUUAGAUCCGUCAAAAAGUUCAGAAGAUUCAGAUUCUUCUACAAAUACCAUCCCCCAAUCACCGUCAAUUAACGUCACUGUUCCUGAGUCACCUGAAGUCUCAAGCGACGAUGAUACGCCACAAAAUUUCACAAAAAAGGGGACUAUCAGAAAACGUACGAAGUAUGAUGAAUCACCGGCGCAGAGAAAACAAAUUAAAAAACUGAAAGAUAUGAAAUCUAAAUAUAAACUUAAGCCAGGGUGUAAUGAUGGAUUUGAUAAGCGAGGAACCAAUCCUAAUCCAAAAAAGUUGGACGACACUAAAAUUGUAGAACAUAUAAAUUCUUUUAAUCCUUCAAUUUCCCACUACAGACGAGAGCACGCUCCAAAUAGAAAAUAUCUUCCGUCUGACCUAACAGUGACCAGAAUGUAUCGAGACUUUUACGAACAACAAAACAUGAAAGACCUUCCUGUUCACGAACAGAUUUCUUAUGACUACUACAGAAAAGUUGUGAAGAAGUUAAAUAUAUGUUUUACAAAACUUGGAGAUGAAGAGUGUGAGGCGUGUGAAAAGUUUUUUAUCCACAAUCCGGAAUACAAGGAGAAAACACACAGAAAUUGUCAAGAUUACGAACGACACCGGGAAAAAUAUACAUCAGCCAGGGAAGCAUACAAAAAAGAUGUAGAAAAACAAAAUAACGCAAACAUCACCUCGGAUACUGCAUAUUUUGCAGCUGAUUUAGAGAAAGUAAUUAUGCUCCCACGCAUUGAAGAAUUUAAAAUUGUAAUGUUUUGCCCAAGAGUAAUCGUAUUCAAUGAAAGUUUUGUGCCAAUAGGUGACAAAAAAUACAAUGCUACUUUGCAAACCUAUGCUGCGAUAUGGCAUGAAGCAAUUGCUGGUCGCAAAAUGAGUGACAUAAUAAGCUGUUUCCGAGCUUUUUUGCAGGCAAAUAGAGACCUGAAAAAUGUCGAAGUCAAUUAUGAAACGAUUACAUUAAAAUAUUUAGAGGUAGGCCACACGCACAUCGCAGUAGACGAAUUCCAUCAUCAAGUGGAGCAAUCUAUGAAGAGGAAGAAACACAUCUAUGAUUUCGAAGACUUUCAUCAAGCAGUAUCGAACACCAGAACAAAUAUUAUCGUUAAAGUAAUGAAUAUGGAUGAUUUUUGUCAGUUUGAAGACUGUUCUUCAACUUACAAACUACAAAAUUCUUCCCCUUGUGCUUAUUUAUGUGAUAUGUGUGAAGUAACAUUCCUUAGAGGCACCCACAUCAUUUAUUAUAAGACUGCUUUCCACAAUGAAGAAGAAUACUCACUUGACUUUCUGAGAUUAAAAAAUAUAAAAUCUGGGAUACCACCUCCAAAACCAAAAAAUCAGUAUAGAGGCAUUACUCAAGAGCGCAAGACAGCGAUCAUACAAAAACUGACACCCUUAAUGCCAGACAACAGAAAAUCGUUUUGGUAUAAUCUACCCACUGAUAAAAAUAGUGUUGAUCAGACUCAAGUAAUUGAUGAAGACUAA